GCUCUGUGCCAAAACCGAAACUACAUAGCACUUCUUCGGCAUCUUCGAGUGCUGAUCACAGGACCACCACUGUUCAGAUGGAUUUCCUCAAAAGUGUACUCCCACCGCUGCCGAAGCUACCAAAAUUGAAGCGUAUCCGCCAGUGGAAUGGCAACUCAUUGUUGAACCUGAGUCAAUUUCACCAUCUAUCGGCAGCCUUUCGCAUGGGACCAUCGAACACCAGAGCCGAAAGCACCGCACCGACGGUGACGGUAACCGGUCGCACAGACGCUGCUACGAUCGAACGUCAAUCCUGCACUACCGCAAGCUCUCGGAACCCAUUCCCAACAGUGCCAGCAGCACCACCACAUUGCCAUCGCAGACACACCUCUGACAUUUCUAGUAUAUCGGCAACGGUUGCCGAUCGACCCACUAUAGAGCUGACCGGAUACGGCAACCGUCGGGAUAACUAUGGUCUGUAUGCACUCAAAUGUGAUCGAUCAACGGCCAAACGGGGCAUACUGUUACAUCUGCCACGAAAAAUAACGCAGGUGGUGGCGGGAGGUACCCACGACACCAUAGCUACCACUACCGAGAGUGCACCAAUGGUUCACGAAAAGUAUUCCCCAUGCAAGCGAGGACCGCCGUCCGACGAAGCAAAGAUAAAGGCACCACCGAGACGUCGAAAACGAGCACCCGCGAAACUGAUAAUCAAUAGCGGCUGGACGCCAGAAGAAAUCCCGAAUGUAAUGGGAGGCUUGCAGAAAAACAAUAGCGCCCUGUUUCGCAUCGUAGAGCGGGAAUCGACUAAAGCGGCCGCACUACGAUCCGGUGGUGGGCUGGGGGUGCAGCGAAUCCGCUUAACCACAGCGGUUAUGCCAACCCAGAAUGAAACAUCACUGGGCCGCCAAUUGAAAGCACACUCGACGGACAAUCUACUUGCAGUAGGGCAACAGGAGAGCGAUGUAAAGAAAUUUCACUGUAAGCGCCACUCUCGAUUUCCCUCAACAUCCAACCUUCCUCGUCCAUUGCCAACCCAACUCCAGGAAUCAAAAGCCAGCAGUGAGAUACAACCCACUCCGGCUGUGCUGCACUUCCGUCUGCAACGAGCAACCGACUUUUCCAUCGAAAACAACUCGGAAGAAAUUGAGGUACGGUUCAGACGAAACCCUGACCCAUUCGUAACGUCUACAACGGCGAAAGAAUUUGCGGAAAGCAAACACCAACAGGAACGGCCUCCAUUACCAUCUCGCGCACAGCAUUUGCGCCCUAAGAGCGUCUCUGCCAGUUCUUGCGUAACGACGAUUAAUACCGAGAAAGGCCCAUUUGAUUCCAACUGUUUGCUUGACGACGGAUCGGAUGGCGUUCGAAACAAGCACAAGCCCUCUUAUGUGCCUUUGGCCACUGUGCUUAAGCAAUCGCUCGACAACGAGUUGCAACAACCAACUCAAAAGGAACCGCUGUUCGACAGUUCGUUGCGACGUUGUGCUGUGACGGACAGUCCUCGGAGCCAGAACAUCUGGACCAGCAUGGCGAGGCCGCCCAACCCGACGAAUAGCUCCGAGGGCAGUCGGGACAUAUUUCGACGGCCUGCAUGUGAUUUCCAAGAGUUCGAUACCAUAUUCCAAUGCUCCGGUGAUACAGUUGUGAUGGAAACCUCAAGCGAUUCCGAGAUGAGCAGUGCUGCAGUAAUAAAACAGAGUAAAUGCGAGAGUGCAGUACCGGACAGGCAUACGCAGCAACAGCUGCGCUUCUCGUCCUCUUCUUUCUCGUGUGGGAGUACCGAUAACAUCAAUCCGUCAGCCACCACAGCACCAGCGGCACCGCUAGCGGCUCUCCCAUCAACAGCAUCGAUCGUACCGAGAGGUAAGGUCACUGAGACCCUAUCGCCCAACGAAAGCUUCCGCAGCACUGUCCAAAUACAGGACUACAGCAGCAAACAUCAGCUACAACGGGUACGCUAUCUAUCUUCCCCCUCGCCAUCGCGUGCCACUCUACACUCGUCAGAGCAUCUUUCGCCCUCGACGGGCAACCAACAACAGCAAGGGCUAAUCAACAGCAGCUUAGAAAGCAUCGCUCCAAUGUUCCGUUCCACCAUAAUCGAUUCUGACUCGAUUUCUGCGAAGCCCUCUGGCCACGCUCUCGCCGAACCCGACGUCAAAAACCAGCAGGAGAAGUGGGACGGCAGCUACUGUGGUGGUGACACCGACAAAGAACGUCGAAAAGUAAACAAUAAUUUAGUGCUUCCUUUGAGUGUAAUUGAGGUUGGCAGUAUUUGCAAUCGAACGUAUCCCGCCGCUGGUGUUUUUCCUACCUACCGCGCUGUCGAAAAUCACUUGAAACCGAUCGAUCAGCAGCACCAUGUACCGGUAGAAACUGGGGAGACGAAUCAACACAUUUUUCAACAUCAAAACUAUGGCCCUACGUCAGAAGCAGCUCCUGUUGCUGUUACUGCUGUUGCUUCGGUGACAGCUACACCGCUGUCUUGUCACCACCGCCACUAUUACCAUCACCUCAAUUCGUAUAAUCGCAACAAUACCACUAGCCGCGGUACCGACGGUACUGCUAAUACUACAGUAUCUACUAUCGCUACUUCUGUCGUUGCUACUAAGACUACAGUAAAUACUAAACCCAGUACCAAACCGAACGAUCUAAGGCCGGCAACGACCAGCUUCAGGCGCAACUUAAUUCCGAGCUACGAUGAGUAUUACAGCGGGGACGGUAUUGUCAUUAUUUGA